AUGAAGCUUCGAAGAUCCUGUUUGGUCACUGCGUGCUUUGCCACCGGUAUCCUCGGUUCAUCCCCCGUUGUUCAUUCGCAAGCUGGUAUCUACCAAGGACGCCACCUCCCAGAAUUCGAUCAGGAUCUGUUCCUGGGCGUCAAGUUUGCUCCAAAGCCAGUACGCUUCGCACCUGCUGAGCUAGUGAAAGACUCCCCUACGACAUAUCACAAUGCUACACAGUACGGCAUUGAUUGCAAGGGCUAUGGGUCGGAUACGAACACCUUGGUAGCCGCGAAUUUGACGAAGUUGGGAGAGGACUGUCUACACUUGAACAUCGUCAAACCUAGAACAAAUGAGACGAAUCUGCCAGUGUUGCUAUGGAUCUACGGAGGUGGAUGGCAACAGGGUGCUACUAGCGAUCCGCGAUACAACAUGAGCUACAUCGUUCAGCAAUCUGUACUGAACGACAAACCAGUCAUUGGCAUCUCAAUCAACUAUCGCAUGGCAGCGUUUGGUUUCCUUUAUAGCGAAGAGGUCAAGGACGCUGGUGUGCAGAAUCUAGGACUUCGCGAUCAACGACUCGCUAUGCAAUGGGUCAAUAAGCACAUUUCUUCUUUCGGUGGUGAUCCCACAAAGGUUACCAUCUGGGGCGAAUCGGCGGGUGCGUACUCUGUCGGCGACCACAUAGCGGCAUACAAUGGUGAAGACGAAGGUCUCUUCCGCGCAGCGAUUCUGGAAAGUGGUGGCGCUGUCGGUGCGCCACUCAACGGCACAGACUGGUACCAGAACAUGUACAACAACCUCACCGAGUCAGUUGGCUGCACUGACGCUGAGGAUACGCUCCAAUGCCUUCGCGACGUACCCUACGAGACGAUUGCACCCUUCGGAUACCAGGGCCUCGAAUGGUUUCAUGUCAUAGAUGGCAGCUUGAUACCUCGAUACGGCUCAGAAUCACUGCGGGAGGGCAAGUUCGCAAAGAUUCCUCUUAUCCUCGGUACGAACACCGACGAAGGCUUUGGCGUGAACGGGGUAAACAGCGACGCCGAUGCCAUCAAUCAGAUGGUACACUCCAAGCGCUGGAACGUUAACGAGACAGUUGCCGAGAAACUGCUCGAGCUAUACCCCAACGACCCUGCACUUGGCGAACCGUAUGGAUGGGGCAACCGCACAUGGCCGCAGUAUGGUCUUCAGUAUAAGCGCUACCAAAGUAUCGCAACUGACCUGACCAUGUAUGCUCCGCGAAGAGGGCUUGCACAAAGCAUGAGUGAAUUUGUCGAUGGUGUGUAUUCGUACCGAUGGGAUGCACCAAAGUUCAAUACUACGCCUGAUGCGAUCGGCGUCAAUCAUUUCUCUGAGAUCCCAUUUGUCUUUGGAAACACACAGCAGCAACUCACUCCCUUGGGUAAUAGCUCGGAGAACAUUGCGCUGUCAAAGCUGGUUAUGCGAAUGUGGACGUCGUUUGCUUACGAUCUGAAUCCCAAUGGUCACGGUGUACCUCAAAUACCCGAAUGGCCGAGUUAUGCAAGCAAUGCGACGAACUUUGUGUUCCGCAAAGACCAGAGUUAUAUCGAAGAGGACGACGAUCGAGCUGAAGGGGUUGCGUACAUCAACACUCUGACACGAUGA